CACUUACAAUGUUCAAAUGUUAUCCAGAAGUGGUGCUAAUAGAUUCUACAUACAAAACCAAUCAGUUUGGAAUGCCUCUUUUAUUAAUUAGUGAAGUCGAUAUUAUGAGUACUACAUUUCUUAUUGCUAGUGGACUUCUUGUUGAUAAGACUCAAGAUUUUAAAGCAUUGAUGACAGAGUCUAAUAAAGAACAAUUUGAAAUCCUUUGGGGUCACCUACAAGUUGAGUAUCCUAAGACAACAACUAAUGCAUAUUUGAAACAUCUACUUGGUCACAUGGCAUUCUUGUCUGAAUUAAUUAACAUGUUGGAAAGGUUGUAUAGUCAUCAGAAUCAACCUGAGAAACAAUUUGAGAAACAAUCUGAGGAACAAUUUGAAGAACAAUUUGAGAAACAAUUUGAGAAACAAUUUGAGGAACAAUACAAUCUUAUGAAUAGGAAUACUGAUAUCCAAGAUCCUACAAAUGCCAAAACUAAAGAAAGACUGAAAGGUACAAGAUGA